AACCGCGUACGAUCAGGUUUAUGAGACGGCUCGCGUACGAUCGGACGAGAUCCGACCCAUUUUAACUUUGACUUCAUAUUUUGCUCGCCGGACUCCAAAAAGCCGGGACAUCGCCGCUGCGCUCCACGAGGUUUUCCGGAACGGAUACACUGCCUCGAUGACGGAGGAGUUGAGAACGAAGAACACGGACGAGGUGCUCAAGCCCUUCUAUGAGAGGGCCUCUGAAGCUGAGGAACGUAUAAUGAGGUUGGAGGCAUUGCUUGGUAAUAAAAAAGGAGAGUCAAAUGCUGAAAGCAAGCAAAUGUCAUCUGUUAUUAAAGACCUCCAGUUAAAGUUAGAAAUAGCCCAAGCUGAACUCGCAUCCGAGCAAGAGAAGGCUUCAAAGGAGAUUAAGAAGCAAGUUGAGCAAAAUUUGAAGCUUCAUUACCGUAUUUCUCAUCUUCUUCGGGCAGUGAAGGAAGCAGAUUAGAAGUUGAAUGGGCAAUGAUGGUAUAA